AGUCUAAGUUUUAUAACAUAGGGAAAUAAAGUUUAGUAAGCAAAAAUGAGUGAAGCAAAGGAAAUAAACUCAGCCCCUCUAACACCAAGAUCAGGCAUAGCCAGCCCAUACACGGCCCCUCUAACACCAAGAUCAGGCACAGUCACCCCAUUUACACCACCAAUCUCGGCCCCGCCGUCGCAAUUACACUCUCCAUCUCUUUCUCGGUCGCCCCUCCUCUCGUUUAACGAGAACGUCGAGCCCAUAAAAGGUCUUAAUGGGACUAAUAGAACACCCAAAGGCUCAAGGCCGAGGACACCGGUUCAGUUUAUUACCCCAUUCGCUAGCCCACUUAGGAGGGCUAUAACUCCUUUGGCUAGUCCACUAAGGAGGGCUCUAACCCCCUUGGCUAGCCCACUUAGGAAAGCUAUUAGCAUGACUAAGCUUGAUCCUCAGGAUGCUUGGCUUCCUAUUACAGAGUCUAGGAAUGGGAAUGCGUUUUAUGCUGCCUUUCAUACUCUUUGCUCUGGGAUUGGGAUUCAGGCUCUUGUUCUUCCUGUUGCUUUCACCAUCUUGGGCUGGACAUGGGGAAUCAUCUGCUUAACAUUAUUCUUCGUAUGGCAGCUCUACACCCUCUAUUUACUAGUUCAACUCCAUGAAUCAACCGAAACCGGCGUUCGUUACAGCCGUUACUUCACUCUUUGUAUUGCAGCAUUUGGUGAAAAAUCAGGUAAGCUAAUGGCAAUGUUCCCAUACAUGUACUUAUCAGCUGGCACGUGUGUGCUGCUGAUUAGUAUAGCCGGUGCCACAUGCAAGAUACUAUUCCAAAUAUUAUGUGGGCCCGAUUGCACGGCCAAGCCCUUAACCUUGACGGAGUGGUACUUGGUUUUCACUUGUGCUGCCGUGGUGUUGUCACAGCUACCAAAUAUGAACUCCAUUGCUGGUGUUUCUUUGGUUGGUGCGAUCACCGCCGUCGGAUAUAUCACCAUUAUAUGGGCUGUUUCCGUUGCUAAGCAUCCUCUGCCUGGAGUGUCUUAUAACCCGAUCCGUUAUUCAUCGGAUAUUAAGAAUGUGUUUAGUAUUCUUAAUGCCCUUGGAAUUAUUGCCUUCGCUUUUAGAGGCCACAAUCUCAUACUCGAAAUUCAGGCAACAAUGCCUUCAAGCGAGAAACACCCAUCAAGAGUGCCCAUGUGGAAGGGUGUCCAAUCCUCCUAUCUCCUUAUUGCCAUGUGUUUGUACCCUCUUGCAAUUGGGGGUUAUUGGGCUUACGGGAAUUCGAUACCACAAGAUGGAGGCAUGCUAACAGCCCUAUACCAAUUUCAUGGACGUGACACAUCUCGAUUCAUCUUAGGCUUAACAAGCGUAAUAGUAAUUAUCAAUGCCCUAAGCUCGUUCCAAAUCUAUGGCAUGCCAAUGUUCGAUGACAUCGAGUCCAAGUACACAAUGAGGAAGAAGAAGCCAUGUCCGUGGUGGCUACGAGCCUUAUUCCGAGCCCUUUGUGGAUUUUUAUGCUUCUUUUUCGCGGUUGCAUUUCCCUUCGUUGCAAGCUUCGCUGGCCUAAUUGGGGGGAUUGCUUUGCCCUUAACCUUAGCUUACCCUUGUUUUAUGUGGGUAGUUAUGAAAAAACCUAAGGUGUAUGGUCCAAUGUGGUGCCUUAAUUGGGGAUUAGGAGUUCUUGGGAUGAUCCUUAGCGUGUUGAUGAUUGCUGCUGGCAUUUAUGUUGUUAUUGCUAAUGGGGUUGAAUUUCAUUUUUUCAAGCCUCACUAAUUACGAAUGUGUUAUUGACAGAAUAUAUGUGUUUGUGUAGCAUGUAUAAUAUUUUUGUAGGUUGGGUUAGGUGAGGAAAAAAAAUACAAAUGGUCAAAUGAUGAUGUGCAAUAGUGUGAAUUAGGUUUGUCAUCUCUUGUGGAGAUGUGAAGUAAAACAAGUAUUUUCUUUACAUGAAUAAUAAUUUUCACUUAAAGAUGUAUAUUAAAAGUAUAUGUAUGCACGUAAUUGCAUGGUUGAAAUUGUUAAUAAUAAGUUUAUUCCAUUUUA